AUGCUCUGCCCCGGCUCUGGCCCUUCUGGCUUCUUGGCCUUUUUGGCCCCUGGACUGGCGUUGUUGGCUCACCUCUCUCUCCCCUCUCAGGCCGGGGUGAAGCGCCUUCCCGCCAGGACAAGCCCGCAGGGCACCCCGGGCAGGACGCUCAUCCUCCUGGACGUGAGUACCAGGAGCUCCCUCCGUGUCACCAGCGAGAACUUCCUCUCGCUUCAACUGGAUCCUUCAAUCCUCCACGACGGCUGGCUGGACUUCCUCAGCUCCCGGCGCUUGGUGACCUUGGCGCGUGGCCUGGCGCCCGCCUUCCUCCGCUUCGCGGGCAAAAGGACCGACUUUUUGCAGUUCCAGAACGUGAAGAACCCAGCCAAGAGCCGCGGUGGACCGGGGCCGGAUUACUACCUCAAGAACUACGAGGACGAUAUUAUUCGCAGUGAUAUUGCAUUGGAUAAACAAAAAGGCUGUAAGAUUGCCCAGCAUCCUGACAUCAUGUUGGAAUCAAGAGAAAAGGCAGCUCAGAUGCACCGUCUUCUCAAGGAGCAAUUCUCUAACACCUAUACAAAUCUAACACUUACAGCCAGGUCUCUAGACAAACUUUAUAAUUUUGCUGACUGCUCUGGCCUGCAUCUCAUCUUUGCACUAAAUGCUUUACGCCGGAAUCCCAACAAUUCCUGGAACAGCUCCAAUGCCCUCAGUCUGCUCAAGUACAGUGCCAGCAAGAAAUACAAUAUCUCCUGGGAGCUGGGCAAUGAACCAAAUAAUUACCGAACCCUCACAGGACGAGCAGUGAAUGGCACUCAGUUUGGCAAGGACUAUACGCAGCUGAAGAGACUGCUACAGUUAAUCCGCACCUACUCCCGAGCCAGUCUGUACGGGCCCAAUAUUGGGAGACCUAGAAAAAAUGUUAUCACACUCUUGGAUGGGUUCAUGAAGGUGGCAGGGCACAUAGUGGAUGCAGUUACCUGGCAACAUUACUACCUUGAUGGCCGAGUGGCCAAGGUGACGGACUUCCUGAAAACACGCCUGUUAGACACACUCUCUGACCAGAUCAGGAAAAUCCAGAAAGUGGUCAAUGCAUACAUGCCUGGAAAAAGGAUUUGGUUAGAGGGCAUCGGAGCUGCUUCUGAAGGAGGCGUCACUAAUCUCUCAGAUUCCUAUGCUGCCAGCUUCCUGUGGCUAAACUCUCUUGGGAUGCUAGCGAGCCAGGGCAUCGAUGUGGUAAUGAGACACUCAUUCUUUGAUCAUGGGCACAACCAUCUUGUGGACCAGAACUUCAACCCACUGCCGGACUACUGGCUCUCACUGCUUUAUAAGCGACUUGUCGGACCCAAAGUACUUGCUGUCCAUGUUGCUGGACUGCAGAGAAAACCUCGCCCUGGCAGGGUGAUUCGUGAUAAGUUACGGAUCUAUGCUCACUGCACCAAUUACUACAACCAUAAUUAUGUCCGUGGUUCUAUCACAAUUUACAUUAUCAACUUGCAUCGGUCACGAAAGAAAAUCAAGUUGGUGGGGACCCUUCGGGACAAACUUGUCCAUCAGUAUGUGCUGCAACCCUAUGGUCAAGAAGGACUUCAGUCAAGGUCUGUGCAGCUUAAUGGACAGCUCCUCACUAUGUUGGAUGAUGGAACUCUGCCAAAUCUGAAGCCUCGUCCUCUUCGUCCUGGACGAACCCUUGUUAUUCCACCGCUCACUAUGAGCUUCUAUGUGGUGAAGAAUGUUAAUGCCCUGGCAUGCCGGUAUCGGUAG